CAAAUCCGUACGCAUCUCAUGGCGGCGAGCCUGUGGCGAGCGGUGAUGGGCAGCGGUGCCCCGUCGGCGCAAGCGGACCCCACGGGCGGCGUCGACUUCUGGCGCGCCCCCGAGCGCGGGGGCUGGCUGGACAAGCAGGGCGAGUACAUCAAGACGUGGCGGCGGCGGUGGUUCGUGCUCAAGCAGGGGAAGCUCUUCUGGUUCAAGGACUCCACCGUCACGCGCGCGUCGGUGCCCCGCGGCGUCAUCCCCGUCGCCACCUGCCUCACCGUCAAGGGCGCCGAGGACGUGCUCAACCGCAAGUUCGCCUUCGAGCUCUCCACCCCGCGCGAGACCAUGUACUUCGUCGCAGACUCCGACAAGGAGAAGGAGGAGUGGAUCAACUCCAUCGGCCGCUCCAUCGUACAGCACUCCCGAUCCGUCACCGACGACGAGAUCGUCGACUACGACAGCGGCCAGCCCACAACCGGCGACAGAUCAUAGAUCCGUCGAUCCAUCGGA